GUUCCCCUUCCAGCCUGACCACAGUCUCUCCCCCAAGGCUUCCUGUUGGGGUGUCCUAGGCCCCACCCCAGAGCUGGGCACUUCCCUCCCUGACACAGGGACCUGGACCCGCUCUGCCCUGCCAGAGGCAGACAUGGUGCCCCUGCUGCUGCUGCCCCUGCUGUGGGGGGGGUCCCUGCAGCAGCCUCCAGGCUAUGAGCUCCGAGUGCAGGAAUCGGUGACAGUGUUUGAGGGUCUGUGUGUCCACGUGCCCUGCUCCUUCUCCUACCCGAGGAGUUCGUGGUCUUCCUCUAGCAAAUUCUACACCUACUGGUACCGGGACGGGGACAACACAGCCUAUGAUGCUCCUGUGGCCUCGAGCAACUAUAAUAAACCAGUGAAGAGAGAGACCCAAGUCCGAUUCCUCCUCCCGGACCCCAGGACCAACGACUGUUCCCUGCACAUAAGAGACGCCAGGAGGAGUGACACAGGACGCUACUUUUUCCGAGUGGAGAUAGAAUAUCCUGUAUAUAAUUACCAAGGACAUUUCCAAGGAUAUAAGUCCCAAGGCUAUAGUUACCAAGAUAAAAUGCUGGAUUUGCAGGUGGCAGCCCUGACAGAGAAACCCCACAUCCAUGUACGGGAUCCUCUGGAGUCCGGCCGCCCCACACAGCUGGCCUGCAGCCUGCCAGGGGCCUGCGAAGGGGGACGACCUCUCACCUUCUCCUGGGCGGGAGCGGCUGUGGACUCGCUGGACCCCCAGACCCUCGGCUCCUCGGUGCUCACCUUCACCCCGAGGCCCCGGGACCAUGGCACCAACCUCACCUGUCAGGUGAAACGGGAAUGGCCUCAGUUGACCACACAGAGAACCAUCUGGCUCAAUGUCUCCUAUGCCCCAGGGAACCUCACCAUAGGCGUCUCCUUCAGAAACGACACAGCCUUCAAGAAUCUACAAACCACAUCCCUUCUCAUUCUGGAGGGAGAGGCCCUGAGGCUGCGCUGUGAGGCUGACAGCAACCCCCCUGCCGAGCUGAGCUGGUUCCGGGGGUCCCCAGGCCUGAACGCCACCCCCAUCUCCAGCACCGCGAUCCUGGAGCUGCCUCGCGUGGGGCCUGCACAGGAAGGAGAGUUCACCUGCCAAGCUCGGCACCCGCUGGGCUCCCACAGCGUCUCUCUCAGCCUCUCCGUGGUCUGCAGCCCUCCCUGCAGAUGUGUGACGGAGGAGCAGCAGGGCUCCUGGCCCCUGGUCCUCACCCUGAUCAGAGGGGCCCUCAUGGGGGCUGGCUUCCUCCUCACCUACGUCCUCACCUGGCUCUACUACACCAGGAUGGGACUGAGGUGUGGACACCAGGCUAGAGGGACUGUCCUGGGACAUCAACGUCACCUUCUCCCUGGAAGCUCUUGCCUCACCUGCCUCUAAUGUGCCCCUGGGGUUUCAGUGUGUGGAUGUGACUGAGUGACCACAAGGGGCGUCAAUGCCAUGGAGAGAAGACUUUUACUCCUUUUACCUCCUGAGUUGACCACGUGGGAAUAAGCCGGCCCUGGGAGGCCCUGGGUCUCCUUGGCUUCCAAUCUGUUUAAUGGUUUAAAACAUCAUAAGAUACAGAAAUAAACAAUAAUACACACCCA